CCGCCUCCGCUCCCUUCCGCAGCAGCCCGUAAAGACGAGACUACCCCGCUGCCCCGAAGUCAGAGGGGGGACUGGGGGGAGAGGGAUAGGGUAGCGCAUCGGUCGUCGCACCAGUCGCCGGCGAGCCAGCAGGCAGCGAUGGCGGUGGCGGAGCUGUGGGAGACGCUGAAGCAGGCGAUCGUCGCGUACACGGGGCUGUCCCCGGCGGCCUUCUUCACGGCCGUGGCGGUGGCGGCCGCGCUGUACCACCUCGUGUCGGGGCUCUUCGCGGCCCCGCCCCCGCCGCCGCCGCGCCCGCGGGAGGAGCCCGAGGCGGAGCCGCUCCCGCCGCCCGUGCAGAUGGGGGAGGUCUCCGAGGAGGAGCUCCGCCAGUACGACGGGACCGACCCCAAGAAACCGCUCCUCAUGGCCAUCAAGGGCCAGAUCUACGACGUCACCCAGAGCAGAAUGUUCUAUGGACCUGGUGGACCUUACGCUCUCUUCGCUGGUAAAGACGCCAGCAGGGCCCUAGCCAAGAUGUCCUUCGAGCCGCAGGACUUAACCGGCGACAUCUCUGGCCUUGGUCCCUUUGAGCUGGACGCCCUGCAGGACUGGGAAUACAAGUUCAUGAGCAAGUACGUGAAAGUUGGUACCGUCAAGAAGACUGUCCCCGUUGAAGAUGGCAACACUGCAAGCACAACCGCUGAAACCAGUGAGACCGCAACCAAUGCACCAGCAACUGAAGAUAAACCGAGGGAGGUAGCUGCGGAGGAAGUGAAGGAAGCUGCCGCUGACAAAGACGCCAAGGCGAGCUAGAGUGACUUAGAGCUCCUGCGUAUGCAGCAAAUAAAUGGACAUGGUCCCAUUGGGUUCGUAUCAGGGCACUGCCAUCCUCUCCUAUCAGCGACAUAGGCUGUGUAAUUUAGAUAUGUAAUCUGGACCAGCGUCAUGGCCCUACUGGGGUUUAUAUUAUUAUCAGUCGUCAUUGGGGAUUUGGAGUACAAAGGCAUCCAGUUGUGCAAUCCCUUCCUCUGUUAAUAUACUUGUUUUAAUACUCUAUAUUGCA